CCAUAUACGGCACAUGCGAACAGUGCGCGACUGACGGCCGCGAAGCGCGCGCGUUCUUUUUUUUAAUCCGAAAAUCGUACCGGCUUUUGUCUUUUUAUUUUUUUCGGGUUUGUGAUUUUAGGCCAGUUCUGUCGGGUUGGAGGAAUGUAAAAAGUAUUUAGAAUCCGACGCAAAAGAAACCAAAGUGUAAAGUAAAUCUAAUAAUAAGUAAAAGUAUUUGAAAAAAGAACGCGUUUGAAUCUGUAAAUCGACUCGACGGCGGAACCGGAUGUCGCGACACCAUGCAGCGGCAGCUGAGCAACGUGAGCGUCCACUCCUACCAGGACUAUCAGCCCUCCAGGAAAUAUGGGGGUCAGUAUGAGCCGGGCGGCUACGCGGCGGCGGUGCAGCAGCGCAGCAACAUGACGCAGCGGGAGGACGCGCUCAAGUUCGAGCAGGGCCGCAUCCGCGCGCUGCAGGAGGAGCGCCUGCACAUACAGAAGAAGACCUUCACGAAAUGGAUGAACUCAUUCUUGCAGAAGGCGCGCAUGGAGGUGGAGGACCUGUUCGUGGACCUGGCGGACGGGCGGCGGCUGCUGAAGCUGCUGGAGAUCAUCAGCGGCGAGCGCCUGCCGCGGCCCAACUCCGGCCGCAUGCGCGUGCACAAGAUCGAGAACGUCAACAAGAGCCUCAGCUUCCUGCACACUAAGGUGCGGCUGGAGUCGAUCGGCGCGGAGGACAUCGUGGACGGCAACCCGCGCCUCAUCCUCGGCCUCGUGUGGACCAUCAUCCUGCGCUUCCAGAUACAGGAGAUCGAGAUCGAUGUCGACGAGGAGAAUGAGUCUUCGGAGAAGAAGUCGGCCAAGGACGCCCUGCUGCUGUGGUGCCAGCGCAAGACCAGCGGCUACCACGGCGUGCACAUACACAACUUCAGCGACUCCUGGCGCUCCGGGCUCGGCUUCAACGCGCUCAUACACGCACACAGGCCGGACCUGUUCCGCUGGCACGAGGUGCCGACCACGGACCACGUGGAGACGCUGAACCACGCCUUCGACGUCGCGCACAACAACCUCGGCAUUCCCAAGCUGCUCGACGCUGAAGAUGUGGACACGACGCGGCCGGACGAGAAGUCUGUGAUGACGUACGUGGCGAGCUACUACCACACGUUCGCGCGCAUGAAGAACGAACAGAAGAGCGGCCGACGGAUCGCCAAUAUAAUCGGCCAGCUCAUGGACAUAGACGCGCGCAAGGCGCAGUACUCGCGGCUGCUGAGCGCGCUGCUGGAGUGGAUCCGGCUGAAGAUCGAGGAGCUCAGCGACCGCGACCUGCCCAACUCGCUGGACGGCAUCCAGCGCCUGCUGCUCGCCUUCAAGCAGUACCGGACUGUCGAAAAACCGCCCAAAUACAAGGAGCGGUCGGAGAUCGAGGCGCUGUUCUUCGACAUCAACACGCAGCACAAGUCGCUGGUGGGCGAGGCGUGGAGCCCGGAGGGGCAGCUGCCGCAGGACCUGGAGCGCGCCUGGCAACAGCUGGAGCAGGCGGAGCACGCGCGCGAGAUCGCGCUGCGCACGGAGCUGCUGCGCCAACAGCGGCUCGAGCAGCUCAACUACAAGUUCAACACCAAGUCGGUGCUGCGCAAGGGCUACCUGAAGGAGAUGAUCCAGGUGCUGUCGGACCCGCGCUACGGCUCCAACUUGGCGCAGGUCGACGCCACCGUCAAGAAGCACGAGGCCAUCUCCGCCGACAUCCUCGCCAGGAAGGAGCGGUUCGAGGACCUAUCCAACAUGGCGGCGGAGCUGGUCCGCGAGCGCUACCACGGCGCGGCGGCCGUGCAGGCGUGCUCCGAGUCCGUGCUGUCGCGCUGGCACGCGCUGCUCGCGCUGCUGGAGCGCCACCGCGCCGCGCUGCACGCGCUGGCCGCCCUCAUGGCGCUGCACCGCGAGACCGACGCGCGCCUCAACACCGUGCGCGACAUGAAGGCGGCCUUCCACUCGGAGGAGGUGGGUCGGCACCUGUCGGACGUGGAGCGGCUGCUGCAGGCGCACGCGCUGCAGGAGCUGCAGCUCGGCGCGCUCGACGACGCCAUCAGGAAGCUCGUCAGACAGGGCAACGCGGUGGAGGGCCCCGCGCAGCCGAAGCAGCAGCUGGCGCAGCAACUCACGCACCUCGAGGACGAGUAUGACAGCCUCGUGGCAGCGGCCAAGGACCGCAAGGCAAGAUUGGAGGACGCCAGGAACCUGUACCAGUUCCUGGAAGAUCAUGACGAAGAAGAAGGCUGGGUGACGGACAAGCAGCGCAUCUGCCGCGCGGAGGUGGCGGCGAAGGACCUGCGCGGCGUGGCGGCGCUGCGGCUCAAGCACACGGCGCUGCUGCACGAGCUCAAGGCGCGCGACCACGUGUCGCUCCGUCUGCGCGCCAAGGGACAGAGUCUGAUCGACGCGAAGCACCCGAAGAGCGGCGAGAUCGAGCGGCGGCUGACGUCGCUCAACACGCAGUGGGACAUCCUGCGCGAGCUCGCCGCCAACCGCGAGAAGCAGCUCGCAGACGCCACUGAAGUCUACCAGUUCUACGGCGACGCGCACGAGGCGGAGGCGUGGAUCAAGGAGAAGCGGCCGCUGGUGGCGAGCGCGGACUGCGGCUCCGACGAGCCCGCCGCCGCCGCGCUGCUGUCUCGACACAAGGCGCUGCACGAGGAGAUCACGGCGUAUGACGCCGAGCUGCAGCAGCUGUGUGCUCAUGCUGAUAAACUGGCUGCUAACGGGAUACAUACUCUGCAGCUCCCGACGGAAGUGGAGGCGAUGCCGGCCAUGGAGGAGGAGGAGUGGGUGAACGAGACGCGGCUGGUGCCCACCGAGGUGUGGGAGGAGGAGCCCGUGGAGCGCCUCGAGCACCGCGCCGUCACCGAGGAGCGCUCCGUGCCGCAGGUGAAGGCGCUGUACGCGUUCACCGGCCAGGGCAUCUCGAUGGCGAAGGGCGAGGUGAUGUUCCUGAUCAGCAAGACGAACCCGGACUGGUGGAGCGUGCGCAAGGCGGACCGCAGCGACGGCUUCGUGCCCGCCAACUACGUGCGCGAGAUCGAGCCGCGCGUCGUGCCCGUGCAAGUCCGUCGUCCGGAGAAGGUCCGCACGGUGCAACGUGUAAAGAAGACGGUAUUAGUGAAGCAGGUGGUGCCGGUGCGCCGCGCCGCCGCCCCGCGCCGCGCCUCCCGCACCGCGCGCCCCGCGCCGCCGCCCGCGCUCAGCACCACCACUGCUGCCAUACGGGAGAGCUACGACGAGCUGCUGAAGCUGUCGGGCUCGCGGCGGCUGCAGCUGGAGGACGCCAUCAAGCUGUACUCGCUGUUCGCGGAGUGCGACGACCUGGACAAGUGGAUCCGCGACAAGGAGCGCGUGCUCACGCACGACGGGGACGGGGACGACGUCACCACCGCCAAGCGGAAGUACGAGAAAUUCGUGACGGACCUGCUCGCCGCCACGCCGCGGCUGGAGCGCAUCGAGGCGGCGUCGGCGGCGCUGGCGGCGGCGCGGCACGGGCAGGCGGGCCGCGCCGCCGCGCGCACGCGCCAGCUGCAGCAGCAGUGGGAGCGCCUGCAGCGCCUGCGCGCGCAGCGGGAGAAGAGCCUGCAGGGCGCCAGCAGCGUCGCGCUAUUCGCCAGAACGUGCGACGAGGCGAUGGACUGGAUGGCGGAGAAGGAGCGGCAGCUGCAGGCGGACGAGGCGGCGCCGGCGGCGGACCUGCGCUCCGUGCGCGCGCUGCAGCGGAGGCACGCGCAGCUGGAGCGCGAGCUGGAGCCGCUGCGGGACAAGGUCACCACCGUCACGCUGCUGGCCGACAACGUGAAGUCGCAGUACCCGAGCGAGACGAGCAGCGUGGAGCAGCGGCUGUCGGCCAUCUCCGCCAUGUGGGCGCGCUGCCAGCAGGAGGCGGAGCAGCGCCGCCGCCGCCUCGAGAGCGCCUCGGGACACCAGAUCUUCUGCCGCAGCGACGCCACGCUGCAGGCCUGGAUCAAGCAAACCCGCGAGCAGAUGUCGCACGAGGCGUCGGCCAAGGACGUGGCCACGGCGGAGGCGCUGCGCAAGGAGCACCAGGAGACGCGCGACGACAUCGACACGCACAAGGACGAAUUCAAAGAAGUGAUCGGCUUGGGAAAGCAGCUGGUGGCCAACAACCCGACCCUCACCGAUGUCGCUGAAAAAGUUAAGUUACUGGAGGAAGAGCAAGCUGCCGUAGAAAAAGAAUGGCGCGACAAGGACGCGUACCUGAAGCAGUGCGUGCAGCUGGCGGCGUUCAACCGCGAGGCGGACCAGAUCGACGCCGCCACCGGCGCGCACCAGGCCUACCUCGACUACACGCACACCGGGUCGACGCUGGACGAGGUGGAGGCGCUGCUGAAGCGGCACGAGGAGCUGGAGGCGCGGCUGGCGGCGCAGGACGAGCGCCUGCCGCCCUUCACCGCGCACGCAAGAGCACUGCAAGACAUCCCGCACUUCGCCAAGGAACACAUAGCGGCGCGGUGCGCGGCGGUGGUGGCGAAGCGCGACGCGGCGCGGCAGGCGGCGGCCGAGCGGCGCCGCGCGCUGCAGGCCAGCCUGGCGCACCAACAGUUUAUUGCAUCGACUGAGGAGCUGGAGGCGUGGAUACAAGACAAGACACGAACUGCCAAGGAUCAAAGCUACAGAGAUCUUGCAAACUUAGAAAGAAAACUACAGAAGCAUGAAGCUUUUGAACGAGAACUACAGGCCAACGAGAAGCAACUUAGGAACCUAGAAAGUGCUGGACAAGCGCUGCAGAAGUCGGACGCGGCGCGCGCGGAGGCGGUGGCGGCGCGGCUGCAGGCGCUGGGCGGCGCGUGGGCCGCGCUCGUCGCCGCCUCGCGCGACAAGGGCAGCAAGCUGCGCCAGGCGCGCGCACAGAGGGCGCAUAAGAGGUCGAUAGAGGACGCGAAGGCGCGGCUGGCGGAGCUGGAGCGCGCGCUGGCCAGCGAGGAGACCGGCGCCGACCUGCGCAGCUGCAAGCGCCUGCUCAACAAGCACCAGACGCUGGAGCAGGAGCUGGUGUCGUGGGAGCAGAAGGCGGGCGGCGUGGCGGCGGCGGGGCGCGACCUGGUGUCGGGCGGGCACUUCGACUCGGCCGGCAUCGAGGCGCAGUCCGCCGCGCUGCUGGACGCCGCCGCCGGCCUCAAGCCCAAGGUGCUGGAGCGCCGCCGCCAGCUCGACACCUCGCUGCAACUGCACAAGUUUGCGGCGGAGGUGCAGGCGGAGCUGGGCUGGCUGUCGGAGCGGCUGGCGCUGUCGCGCGGGGAGCCGCCGGCGUCGCUGGGCGCCGCGCAGGCCGCCGCCAAGCGCCACGCCAAGCUGCGCGCCGACCUCGCGCUGCGACAAGCCAACAGGGACAAGCUGCUGGCGCGCGGACAGGAACUGCUGGACGAGAAACAUCCCGAGAGCGAUAAGAUCAAGGAGUUAUCAGCGACGCUGGAGUCGACGUACGCGGAGGCGUGUGCGGCGGCGGAGGCGCGGCACGGGCAGCUGGAGCGCGCGCUGCGCGGGGCGCAGUUCGAGCACGAGGCGCGCGAGGUGGAGGGCUGGCUGGCGGACAAGGCGCAGGCGCUGCGCAGCACCGACCUGGGGCAGGACCUGCACCGCGCCACCAUGAUCCUCACCAAGCACAAGGCGGUGGAGCUGGAGCUGGAUACGUACGCGGCGAUCAUCGCGGAGAUGGGCCGCGCGGCCGCCGCCGCCGCCGCGCCGCGCCUGGAGCAGCGCCACGCCGCGCUCACGCACGCGCUGCACGAGCUGCAGCAGCUGUGCGCCGCGCGCCGCAAGGCGCUCGUCGGCAGCGUCUGCAGACACGAGUACCUGGCGGAGAGCGCGGAGCUGGAGGAGUGGAUCCAGGAGCAGUACGCCGCCGCCUCCAGCGAGGACUACGGACAGGACUACGAACACCUAUUGCUGCUCCGCUCGAAGUUUGAGGAGCUGCGCCUGCGCGUGGAGUCCGGCGCGGAGCGGUUCAACCAGUGCGAGGAGCUCGCCAAGAAGCUGCUCGCCUCCGAGUCGCCCUACAUCGCCGACAUCGAGCGCCGCCAGGAGGCGCUGGGUGAGGCGUGGCAGCGGCUGGUGGAGCAGAUCGGGUCGCGCGCGUCGCGGCUGCACGCGGCCGGCGAGAUCCACCGCUUCCACCGCGACGUGGGCGAGCUGCUGGCGCGCGCCGCCGACCGCCGCGCCGCGCUCGCCUCCGCGCCGCUCUCCGCGCCCUCGCCGCGCCACGACCUGCGCGCCGUCGACGCACAGCUACAGGUGCUACAAGAAGAAGGUACGCGUCUCAUCAAACUGUACCCCGGAGGAAAUGUAGAACAAAUUAAAAUGCAACAAAAGGCGCUGGCGGAGGCGUGGGAGGCGCUGCAGGCGGCGGCCGCCACGCGCCAGGAGGACGAGCGCCGCGCGCAGCAGCUGCACCAGUUCGUCACGCAGGUGCGUGACCUGACGUCCUGGUCGACGUCGCUGCGCGGCGGCAUGGCGGGCGAGGCGCGCGUGCGUGACGCCGCCACAGCGCAGGCUCUGCGAGCAGACCACGAUGCUGUCAAGGCUGAGAUUGAAGCCCGCGACGACAGCUUCCGCCAAGCUCUGCAAAUGGCUGACGAGAUGGUGCAAGCGGGACACCCCGCGGCUCAGGAGGUGGAGGAGAAGUCGGAGGCGCUGCUGGCGGAGCGCGCGCGGCUGCACGCGGCGUGGGCGGCGCGCCAGGUGGCGCUGGACCAGCUCAUCGACCUGCACUGCUUCCUGCGCGACUGCGCGCAGCUGCGCGACCUGUGCGCCGCGCAGGACGCCGCGCUCAGCACUGAAAUAUCACCGACAUUGAGCGUUGAAGAAGUGCAGAAUCUGCUGAAGAAGCAUGAAGCCUUUGAAAAGCUACUAGUAACACAGGACGAGAAGCUGUCGACGCUGAACACGCACGGGGACAAGCUGCUGCAGCAGAACCACGUGGAGAGCCAGCGCAUCGCCGACGAGCUGCAGGCCAUCAACGCGCGCAGGAAGAAGAUCCACGCUGCAUCGGCGGAGCGAGGCGCGGCGCUGCAGAAGGCGCUGGCGGCGGCGCAGUUCGCGCGCGACGUGGCGGACGCGCGCGCCUGGGUGCACGGCAAGCUCACCACGCUGCAGUCCGACACCACCGCCGGAGAAGUGACGAGCCUGGAGCACAAGAUCAAGAAGCUGCAGAAGCACCAGGCGUUCUGCGCGGAGGUGGCGGCCAACGAGGCGUCGCUGCGCGAGCUGCGCGCGCUGUGCGAGGAGCUGGGGCAGCCCGGCCCGCGCCGCCAGCUGGCCGCGCUCUCCGCCGACUGGGACCGCCUGCUGCAAGCCACGCAGGAGAAAGGUCGUGGUCUGGAAGAAGCUCAGGACAUCCUCGAGUUUAACCAGAAUCUGGACAAGAUCGAAGCCUGGAUUAGAGACAAGGAAAUGAUGGUGGGCGCGCACGAGCUGGGCCGCGACUACGAGCACUGCAGCGCGUUGCUGCGCAAGCUGGACGACCUGGACUCGGACCUGCAGGUGGACGACACGCGCGUCACCACGCUGUGCCAGCUGGCGGACAAGCUGCUGCAGCAGGGCCCGUCGCAGCAGGCGGCGUCGGUGGCGGCGCGGCGAGACGCGUUCCUCGGCAAGUGGCGCGCGCUGGCCGGCGACCUGCAGAAGUACCGCGACGACCUCGCCGCCGCGCUCGAGAUACACGCCUUCAACAGGGACGUGGAAGACACCCGGGAGCGCAUCAGCCUGAAGGCGGGCGCGUUCAGCAGCCGCGACGUGGGCGCAUGCCUCGAGGCCGCGCACGAGCUGCGCCGCAAGCACGACGCGCGCGCCAGCGAGGCCUGCGCCGUGCGCGACAAGAUCAAGGCCAUGGCGGACCACGCCGCACAGCUCACCGAAAAAUACCCUGAGCAUGCUGAGGAGAUCAAGCAGCAGCUGUCGCUGCUGGAGGCGGACUGGGCGGCGCUGGAGGCGCUGGCCGCGCGCCGCUCCGCGCUGCUCGACGAAGCGCUUGCUCACCACAAGUUCGAAGAUAGCAUCAAGGAGCUGGAGGCGUGGGUGAGCGAGACGGUGAAGCGCAUGGCGAGCGCGGAGCCCGUGGACAGCGUGGCGGAGGCCGAGGCCGCGCUGCACCAGCACAACGAGACCAAGGCGGAGAUCGACGGCCGUCAAAAAGCGCUGUCGGCGCUGGCGGCGCAGGCGCAGGCGCAGUCGGAGCAGCAGCAGCUGGCGGACAAGCUGGCGCGGCUGCAGGCGCUCAGCGCCACGCUCGACGAGGCCUGGACCGCGAGGCACAAGCAACUCAAACAGGCGCACCAGCUGCAGUUGCUGAAGGAGCAGCUGCAGCAGACGGAGGACUGGCUCGCGGCCAAGGAGGCCUUCCUCAACAACGACGACCUGGGGGAGAACCUCGACGCGGUGGAGACGUUGAUCCGCAAGCACGCGGAGUUCUCGAAGCUGCUGGAGUCGCAGUCGGGCAAGGUGGAGGAGCUGCGGCAGCUGGCGGCGCGCGUGCUGGCGGCGGACGGGCCCGCGCACGCCGCCGCCGCGCCCGCGCGCGCGCGCACCGACCAUCUGCUCGCCCGCGCAGAGAAACUACAUGAGUCGUGCGCCAAGCGCGGCGCCAUGCUGCAGCAGUCCAAGCAGCUGCAGCAGCUCAUGCGCGACCUCACGCUGGAGCGGGAGUGGCUCGCGCUGCAGAUGCAGCACGCCAACGACCAGAACUACCGCGAGCUGUCGAACAUCCAGAGCAAGAUCCAGAAGCACGCGGCGUUUGAGUCGGAGCUGGCGGCCAACAAGGGCCGCGUCGACGACGUCGCCAACCACGGCGAGGAACUCAUCGAAGCGAAGCACUACGCGUCGGAGGAGAUCGCGCGGCACGUGGAGGAGCUGGAGGCGUCGUGGCGCGCGCUGCAGGCGGCGUGCAAGCUGCGGCGCGCGCGCCUGCAGGAGGCGUACCAGGCGCGCGUGUUCCUGCGCGGGCUGGACGACUUCACCGCCUGGCUCGACGACGUGGAGGCGCAGCUGCUCAGCGAGGACCACGGCAAGGACCUGUCGUCGGUGACGGCGCUGCUGAAGCGGCACGCGCGGCUGGCGCAGGCGGUGGCGGCGCGCGCGGACGCGGCGGCGCAGCUCGCGGACAACGCGCGCCAGCUCGCCGCCGACCAGCACUUCAUGGCCGACGACCUGCUGCAGCAGGCCACCAGCGCCAACGACAGAUACCGGCAGCUGCAGGAGCCGCUGCAGAUCCGGCAGGACAACCUGGAGGACGCCGCGCUGCUGUACCGCUGGGAGCGCGACGCCGGCGACGAGCUGCGCUGGUUGGAGGAACGUGAGCCGGCCGUGAUGAACGAGGAGUGCGGCGCGACGCUGGCCGAGGCGCAGACGCUGCAGAAGAAGCACCUCGAGCUCGAGGCGGAGAUCAACGCCAGAGAGGCGUCGGUGUCGGCGGUGUGCGGGCGCGCGGCGGAGCUGGUCCGGCGCGGGCACUUCGCGGCCGCCGCGCUGGAGGAGCAGGCGCGCCGCGUGACGCUGGCGCACCGCGCGCUCGCCACGCGCGCCGCCACGCGCACCGCGCGCCUCGCCGCGCACCUCACCACGCUGCAGUUGAUGUCAGAGAUCGCGGAGGCGACGGAGCAGCUGCGCGGGCACCGCGCGGCGCUGGAGUCGGCGGACGUGGGGCGCGACGAGGCGUCCGUGCACGCGCUGGCCACGCAGCUGGACGCGCGCCGCCGCCUGCUGGCCGCGCAGCAGCGCGCGCUGCAGCCGCUGCAGCAGCAGGCCACCGCGCUCGCGCAGAAGGAGAACGCGAGCGCGGAGGAGCUGGCGGCGGCGGCGGCGGCGGAGGCCGUGCUGAAGGAGUACGAGGACAUGAAGCUGCUGUGCGCGCGCCGCGAGCAGCGCCUCGACCACAGCCUCAAGUACUUCAAGUUCGUGGAGGAGUGCCUGGAGACGACGGCGUGGCUCGGCGAGCAGAUGUCGGCGGCCGCCAGCGAGGACUACGGGCUGGACGUGGAGCACGUGGAGACGCUGCAACAGGCCUUCGACUACUUCCUGCAGCAGAUACACGCGAACGAGGGUCGCAUCGAGAGCGUGUGCGAGGCGGGGCAGGCGCUGCUGGAGGCGGGCGCGGGCGACGCGGAGCGCGUGCGCGCGCGCCUCGAGGACCUGCGCGGCCUGUGGGACGACCUCAACGAGCUGGCGCAGGCCCGCCAGGAGGCGCUGGCGGGCGCGCGGCAGGUGCACGAGUUCGACCGCUCGGCGGACGAGACGCUGGCGUGGGUGCUGGAGAAGGAGGCGCUGCUAGAGGGCGACGCGCCGCGCGCCAGCGAGCUGCACGCGCGCGGGCGCCGCCUGCAGGCGCUCAGCGCAGACCUGGCCGCCGUGCGCACGCAGCACACCCGCCUCGCCGACCAGGCCCAGCAAUUGGGCGAGUUAUUCCCGGACGCGCAGUCGCACGUGUCGUGCAAGCUGCAGCAGGUGUCGGCGGCGCUGCAGCGCGUGGCGGAGCGCGCCGCGCAGCAGCAGCAGCAGCUCGAGCUCGCCACGCAGCUGCAGGCGCACUUCUCCACCUACCACGACCUGCUUGCGUGGACGAACGAGACGCUGGCGCGCGUGACGGCGCCGGAGCUGGCGCGCGACGUGGCGGGCGCGGAGCGGCUCGUGGCGCGCCACGACGACAUCCACGCCGAGAUAAAAGCCAAGGACGACGAGUUCAACGCGCUCUACGCCGACGGCGAGAAGCUGGUGUCGGAGGGGCACUUUAUGUCGGCGGAGAUCUCGGAGCGCAUGGCGGGGCUGCGCGCGCGGCGCGAGCUGCUGGCGCGCACGUGGGGGCUGCGCGCCGCGCUGUACCGCACGCACCUCGACGCGCUCUGCUUCCGCCGCGACGCCGACGCGCUCGACCACUGGAUCUCCACCAGAGUGCCGCUGGUGCGCGACGGCAAGCUGGGCGAGUCGCUGGCGCAGGUGGAGGAGAUGAUCAACCGCCACCGCGACCUGGAGGAGACCAUCGAGGCGCAGCGCGACCGCUUCGAGGCGCUCAAGCGGAUCACGCUCGUGGAGGCGGCCUUCAAGCAGCAGCAGGAGGAGGAGGAGGCGGCGCGGCGGGAGAGCGCGGCGCGCGCCGCCGCCGAGCGCGCCGAGGCCCUGCGCCGCCAGGAGGUGGAGCGCCUCGCGCGCGAGCGCCGCCGCGACACGCAGGCGGAGAGCCCGGCGGUGCCGCCCCCGGCCCCAGUGGAGGCGCCGGCCGCGGACAGCGAGGCGGCUCAGAAGGCCGACGCGCUGCCCAGCGCCGUCAAGCGCGCCGAGAGCAUGCAGGUGUCGUCGACGAAGACGCCGAAGCGCACGCCGUCGUUCACGACGCGGCGCCGCACGCAGAGCUUCCGCCGCCACCGCCACGCCGACGUGGCCGACCUGCCGCCCGUCGAGAUCGAAGGGUUCCUGGAGCGCAAGCAGGAGGCGGGGUGCGGCGGCAAGCGCGCGGCGGUGCGCUCGUGGCGGCAGUACUACUGCGUGCUGUGCGGACAGCUGCUGUGCUUCUUCCGCGACGAGGACGACUUCCACCAGGCCAAGGCCGCCGCGCCGCCCGUCGCCAUCGCCAACGCGCGCUGCGAGCCGGCCACGGACUACACGAAGCGCGGCGCGGUGCUGCGCGUGCGGCUGGCGGACGGCGCGGAGUUCCUGCUAGCGUGCCCCUCGCAGCCGCUCAUGCAGGAGUGGGUCAACAAGCUGGCCUUCCACGCGCGCCUGCCGCCGCCGCUGCAGCUCACGCCCUACGCGCCCGACCCCGCCGCCGACCUGCGCCGCCGCCUGCACGAAAACGCGUCGUCGUCGUCGUCUGAGUCGCCGACGCCGGAGCCGGCGCGGCGCGCGCGCACGCAGGCCGAGAUCCUGCAGGAGCACCGCAGCAGCCAGCAGCGCGCCCUGCCCGACAGGAUCGUCGAAUCAACGGUGCUACCGUCCCUACCGCCACGACAAACGUCAGAAGAGGCGACUGAAGUCCAACUCAGAAAUUCAGAGCAGCAGCCGUCGUGGGGGCGCUCGCGGUUCUCCAACGGACGCGACAUCAACACCGAGUUCAUCCAGUCGCAGCGAUCAGCGGACGGAGCACCCCCGCUCCCGUCCACCGGUCCGCCGUCCGUGCCCGAGCGAGGCCCGAAGUUGCCCGAGCGCGGGCCGAGUGUGCCCGAGCGUGGGCCGAGCGUGCCCGAGCGCAACAACACAGAGAAGCAGUCGGUGACGGCGCUGGUGAGCCGCUACCAGCAGCAGCAGCAGCAGCAGCAGCGCGUGGACAACAACAACGCGCGCCACACGUGGAGCGAGCGCGAGAGACAGAACAACAACUGGCAGAACGUGGAGACCACCUCGCACUUCUACACCGCCAGCGAGAUCGCGUACGGCGGCAGCGGCGGCGGCGCGCGGCCCGCGUCCGUGGCCGGCAGCGGCGGCUCGCCCGCGCUCGACAACCGACCCGCCUCCAGAUCGUCGGGUGAGUCGGAGCUGUCGCUGGGCGGCCACCCCAAGGAGAAGAAGGACAAGAAGGGCGUGUUCGGCGGACUGUUCAGUCGCAAGAAGCGGCCGCAGAGCCACCUCAACUGAGCACCGCCGCGGCGCCACCGCACCAGCCACACUGCAUUAUGCAGCUCAGGUUGAACAGGCUUCACCUUGGGCGGUAUGCUACUGGUGCAAGUCAACCGACAUAGCAUUGUAGUUAGGCAAAGUUUACAGUACUUAUAGAACUGCAGGAUAUUGGGGAGUAUCAAAUCAAUUACUUUGUAUUUGAAAAUAGAUGAUUAAAUAAUAAUAUGUACGUCAUUCAGCACGGAUGCUGUAACCGCGGAACGUAAACUAAACGUAUUAUAGUGACAAUAUAAACAGCAUUCUGAAUGCAAAUAAUGUGCCUUGACCCUGUUACUCGUUUAUUUCCAUACUAUUUAGGUAUGUUCUAGUUAUAUUUGACUGCAUGCAUAUUAUAUUUGAUAGUAUUUUUACUAGUAUAUUGUUAUAUACAUUCCCUUAAUCAUGGAGAUUCGUCACAAAACAUUGGUUUAUAAUUAGUAAAUAGAAUGGGUCCAAUACCUAGCAACAUAAAAAGACGUUUUGGGGACCAAUGAGUUAUUGAAAAUCAUGUGUUUUUCUAGUUAUAUAGAAUUAGUACUUUCGUAUUAAAUUUUACAUAAGAAAUUGAAUGUUUAGAACGACAGAAUCAUAAUAGCGUUUCAGUAUAAAUGCAUAAUCAAAUUGUUUUAGCUAUUAUUUGGAAUAUCUUGUUUAUAUUUUAGCGUAGCAUUUUACAUUUUUACUAGUUAAUCUUUUAUCAUUGUAUCUCGCCGUAUAUUUAUAGUUGUUGAAGUAGUAAGUAUAACAUCGGAGGCGCCCCGUGUCCUGUUGACGCCCCCGUGAAGUAUCCCCCCUCCCCCCUCACCUCCGAUAGAACUAACUCGUUGAUUUUUACAAGUUUAUACAUUUGUUGUUUGAUUGAGCUCGCGAUGUUAUAUUUAUUCUCGACAGUGUUGUCUACAAAUUCAUUAAUUUAAAGUAAUAUAACCCGCCACCUUAUCCUAUUUUUUUAAAUGUUCAGCAGACUUGUGUAUUUACAUUCUUGUGUAGUUUUAAGUAUGUUAUUGUAGAGUAACUCUUGACUAUUGAUUCAUUGAAUACAUUAUUUUGUGUAAUAAUA